AUGAUAGUUCAAGAAUGCUUUUUCUGGAAUCGAGCUCGGUCAUGGUUAACUCUGGAAGAACACUGGGUAGAUCCGCAGAAAGCCUACGACGUAUUUCGGACUAAAGUCCUAGAGUACAUGUGCGACAAUAACACUUGGAUCUGCUGCACUGCAGGAGUAAUGGAUGUUACUUGUGGCAGUCCACCAGCAACAAUGCAAGAGCUGGUUUACAUAUUGAUGGAUCCUACCCAGAAUAUGCCAGUCCUCUUCCUCUACUGGUGGUGCACUCAGUACAUCAGUAGUAGCGCGAGAGUUGGAGACAGUGGAGUGAAAAUUCCCAACUGCCAACAGGCCAUCACUUCAGCCGGUGAAUCAUCGUCCAAUGGAAAUAUGGCGAUCGGGGUUAGCGUUGCGGAUCGCAUUCUGUUUGGCGGCGUUCGGAACUUUGAAGUCCAAGACAUCAAAGAGUCCUAA